AUUCAUCUUUAAGCACUGCGUGCCUUAUUUUUGUUUCUUCAACGGCUCUAGCAUAUAUUUUGUGGGCUAGCGGACCUGACGUUCACAUUCUCUCGCACUCACCGAUAGCCCAUUACCUUGUUCAACUGUAAAAUGUUGAAGUUGGGAAACCGUGAUAUGCCGGUGAUUCCGGGCACCAAAAUCGAAGGAGAAGAGCUACAAGAAUUGAGGCUCAUGUUGGCAGAUUUGCUUCGAAGAAAAAGUACUCAAUUCCCGGGAUCUCAGCCGGUUUCCUUUGAAAGAAAUCACAUUGAAGUUCUUAAAAGGCGAGAAUACUUUGUGUGUGAAAAGUCCGAUGGUUUGAGAUGUUUGCUUUUUCUUAUCAACGAUCCUGUUCGUGGCGAGGGUGUGUUUCUAAUAACUCGAGAGAACGAAUACUACUUCAUUCCAAAUAUCCAUUUCCCGCUUUUGGCGGACGAAGAGAAAGGACGCACAUAUCAUCAUGGCACUGUUCUUGAUGGUGAGUUGGUGAUGGAGACGAAAAACGUCCUGGAGCCAUUUCUCCGAUACUGCAUUUUUGAUGCGCUUGUCAUACACGAAAAAGACAUCACCAACCGACCGCUACCCAAGAGACUCGGCUACAUCACAGAGAAUGUGAUGAAACCGUUUGACAGCUUCAAGAAAAGAAACCCUGAAAUUGUAAACUCGCCUGAAUUCCCGUUCAAAGUCAGUUUCAAAAUGAUGAAGCUGUCCUACAGAGCUGACGUAGUCUUGUCUAUGCAAGACCACUUGUUCCACGAAACCGAUGGCCUCAUUUUCACAUGCGCUGAGACCCCAUACGUGUUUGGAACUGAUGCUACAUUGCUAAAGUGGAAGCCGGCGCACGAAAACACUGUUGAUUUCAAGAUGGAGUUGAUUUUCAAGAUGUACCAGGAUCCAGACAUGGAUUCACGCGACCCAGAUUCAACGUACCCAGAUUAUGACAGCGUUCCAGAAGAAAUCAACUUACAUGUUUGGAAAGGUGGGCGAGAUUACGAACACUUUGCCCAGCUUGACCUUCCCGAGGAUGACUGGGAACAGUUAAAGGCCAUAGAAGAACCCCUUCAGGGGCGCAUAGUUGAAUGCCGCAAGAAAUUGAGCAAACCACCGUUCUGGGAGAUGCUUCGGUUUAGAGAUGACAAAUCGAACGGAAACCAUUUCUCGGUGGUGGAGAAGAUUAUUCAUAGUAUUGAAGAUGGUGUGACUGAAAAGGAGCUCGUGGAGGCUUGCCCAGUAAUAGAAAAAGCCUGCAAACAAAGAGAGGCCGAGCGAAUGCACAAGACCAGGGGCCCACAGAUCCCAGAGCCCCUGAAAAGAACCAGCGAACACCCAAUAGAGAACAAGCCUCGUCAAAGACAAGAAGACAUUGAACAACCACACCCAAAGAGACGGAAAGUCUCAGAAGAAGAGAUGCUUCAAGAAAUGAUGCCAGAUUAUGAAGAAGAAAGCGAACUGGAGUAGAUGGCAGCCAGUAUUAGAUAUUCCGCCAAGAUACUGCUUUGGAAAAUGAAGCGAAACUUGACUCCAUACCUUCUCUGUAAUGAGCUAGGUUUGUUCGCAGGCUUUAUUGACGGUGUGAAUGAUUAUAUAUGCAUUUAAGACAUUUGCAAAGUAUGCAAUAAGUGUUGAGAAGGAAGUCUGGAGCUAGUUCAUAGAAUGGUACAUCUUUCAGCAAUCCUCAAAGACCUUUGAGGGCAUCCAAGUGAUAUUUUGAAAUCUUCAUACGAAUCACCUGAUUUUGUCUGUGCAACGAAAGAUUGUGAUGAAAGCCCGCGCGACUUACUAUAUGUAGCCAGCCC